AUGAGGCUCGACCCAGUGCACUUCUCCAUGCUGGUCAUCGGGGUUUCGUUCGCCUGCUACGCCCCGAGCCUCAACUCCCUCCAGGACCAGGCAUACCGCUCGGCCGUGGUGAUCGAGGGCGAGGUGAGCUCCUUCCCCGAUAAAAACACCUCGUCCCGGGAGCCCUACAGUGUGAGUGUCCGCGUGCUGGACGUGUGGCCCGUGAACAGCGGCGGCCUAGAGCGGGAGCAGCUCGUCACUGUGGGGGACUUCGGCUCCGAGGCCCCGUGCACCCCCGUGGAGAAGGACCACCGCUACAUCUUUUUCAUGGACCCCACGGGCGAGCCGCUGGUCUUCAAGGCUUCGUACGCCCCCGUGGACGCCAGCGAGCCCGAGCUAAAGAAGGACGUGGAGCGGGUUUUGUGCGAGGACUGCGCGACGCCCCCUCGGCUGCGGCCCAUGCGCGGGCAGACCCUGGCAGAGGGCGAGCGAUUGUACCUGAAGUGUGAGGCGGCCGGCAGCCCCAGUCCAGGCUUCAGGUGGUACAAGGACGGGCACGAACUGCAGAAGGGCCGGGACCUCAAGAUCAAGACCAACAAAAAAAACUCCAAGCUUCAGAUCAGUCGAGUGCGAGUGGAGGAUUCUGGGAACUACACCUGUGUUGCAGAAAACUCCCUCGGACAAGAAAACUCCACCAGCUUCAUCAGUGUACAUCUAUUGAGCACCACCAGCCCCCCUCCUGGAGUGAGCUACACCAGAGCCUGUAACGAGUCAGAGAAGGCCUACUGCGUGAACGGAGGAGACUGUUACAUCAUCCACGGCCUCAACCAGCUCUCCUGCAAGUGUCCAAACGACUACACGGGAGAUCGCUGUCAGAACUCGGUGAUGGCUGGCUUUUACAAGCUGCUCAAAAUUGAGUUUAUAGAGGCGGAGGAGCUAUACCAGAGGAGAGUUCUGACCAUCACAGGGAUCUGCGUGGCUCUGCUGGUGGUUGGCAUCGUGUGUGUAGUGGCCUACUGCAAAACCAAGAAAAGAAGGAAGAAGAUGCACCACAUCCAUCAGAACCAGAACCAGUGCGUGGAGCAGCCCAACCGAAUGCUCGCCAACGGCCCCAACCACCCAGGACCCGGGCCCGAGGAGAUCCCCAUGGCUGAUUACAUCUCUAAAAGUGUCCCAACCACAGAGUGUGUGAUCAGUCACGGGGCGGAGGGGGCGGGGAACUACGCAGGCAGCCGGAUGUCCACGCGCUCGCACCACUCCACCACCGCCUCCCACGCCUCGCGCUAUGGAUCCAGACACGAGGAGCAAACGUGGAGCAUGGAGCGCACAGAGAGUAUGAACUCGGACUGUCAGUCGGGCCUGUCCAGCUCUGUGGGCACCAGUAAGUGCAGCAGCCCUGCCUGCAUGGCCCGCAGAGCCCACUGGGGCUGCACCGAGGGCUCUGCCCCUGGGAUGACCUACGGGGACUCCUAUGACUCCCUGCGUGACUCCCCUCACAGCGACAGAUAUGUGUCAGCGCUGACCACCCCUGCCCGACUGUCUCCGGUGGAGUUCCAUUACCCCCCUCUGCCCCCACAGGUGCCCACGUUUCAGAUCACCUCCCCCAACACGAGCCACGCCCUGUCCCUGCCCCCUGCAGCCGCCGCCUACCACCGAGAGGACGACCAGCCGCUGCUACGCUGCCCUGAGGACUGCAGUCUGUACCGACAGCCACGGCGGCCACGGAGGCCCUACCUGACUGAGAGCACGGGCAGCCUGCCCUCCAGCCCGUACCACGCUCCGGACGAGGAGGCGUACGAGACCACUCAGGAGUACGCCUCGUCCCGAGAGCCAAUCAGGAGCCGGCGCCGACCGCGGAGGAACCGCCUCAACGGACACAUCUCCCAGCAGCGCAGCGGCCUGCAGGACUACAGGGACUACAGCUCCCAGAGCUUUAGUGGCUCUGAGGAGGAAGAGGAGGAGGGCGAGAGCACGCCCUUCCUCAGUCUGCAGAACAUGAGUGUGGACCCCGCGCGGCCCGCAGAGCCUCGGACUCACCACGGCGUCAGACCCGGCCGCUCGCAGUCUCAUCGCUCCAAAGCCGACAACAUGCCCCUCUAAGCCCCGCCCAUCACCACUAGGAGAAAUAUUUUUAUUUUGUAUAACAGACAGAUAUUCUAAACAAAGGAAAUAUUUAUUUUCAUUGUCUACUAGCUAACAGCAA